AUUCCGUAGCCAUUUUGGCUCAAGUUUGUUCGGCUCAAGUUUCUUGGGUUCGGUUUUCUCCUCUGUAGGCACCUGGCAAAUCUCUCCACUACCCAAAUGGAUUCCAUCGCUCUGAUUGACCCAGAGAAGGGAGAGAUAUCCACCGAUGAUGGUGAGUACGAGGAUGGCUCUGGUUUAGAUAGGCGCUCCGUCUCUACCGUUUCCGAUCCACACAUGGAGAAGGAAGGCGGCGACACGAAUUCCAUGAACGCCGAGGCCGCCAACAGCAGUGAAUGCAACACCGCCAGGUACCGGAUGUUGGUCGGGAUCUUGGCUCUGAUGAUUUCGUCAUUGUCCAAUUCGAGCCAGUCUGUGGCGGUAAAGAUGGCUGGGCGUGCUGGUUGCCAAGCCUUGGUUGCAGCAACAGGGCGCUUCUUGAUCCAGACUCUCAUUUCUAGUUGGAGCCUCGGGGGCAUCAUCACUCCAGCGUAUGACAUCUGGUAUAUUGGUAGCAGUCGAAGAUUUUGGAUUAUGGUGCGUUGUGUCUCGGGCAGCUUGAACUUUGGCGUCUUCUCAGUCGUCGUGACGUCCAUGGCAGUAGGCGAAGCAACCAUGAUUAAAUACGCAUCGCCCGCCAUUACAUGCGUACUAGCCUUUUUCAUGCUGGAUGAAAGGUUUGGGUGGUCAGAGAGCGCGGCUUUAUUGGCAUGCAUGUGUGGGGUGGCUCUUGUCGCAUCUGCGGGUGCAGGUGGAAGCGACGCGCAUCACUCUGGGCAUCUUAGCUACUACUUUGCAAUAGCACUCGGGCUGUUUGGAUCUCUCUGCAAUGCGGUCAGGAACAUCUCUCUCAAGCGGCUUGGCAAGGCGACGGAGUCCGCCGGUGACCAGAGUGCUUCGACGACGGCCCAUCAGGCUGAUCUGAUGACAUGGAUGACCGGCAUUGCUGGGCUGAUCAUGUGCAGCAUUUCGGCGCUGGUAAUAGAGGGCCCUGGGGCGUUCUUGUCGUUGAGCUCGCCGACAUGCCUGUUCUGGGUUGCAGCGGUCGGUGGUGCCGGGUACUGCACACAGUGGUCUAUCAAUUGGGGAGCGCAGGGUGGCACCGCGAUGCUCAACAGCUUGAUCAGCUAUCUUGACGUAGUAUUUGCAUUAGUGUGGCAGGUGGUCUUCUUUCAGGAGCCGUUGCAAUUCAGAGUCGUUGUCGGCGCUGUGCUGGCGUUCGCGUCGAUUGUGCUGCUCACAGUCCAGAAAGCAUGCUAGUAUGCUAGUAUUAGCCUGGAUGUUCUUCCAUAAUUCGCAUGCCUUGCUGCAGCCAGGGCUCUUGUCAGGUGUUCGCCCCUGGUGGAGGCUGAUUAGUGUUCACAGGUGCCGGAAGUUCUCUUCCGUGGUCCAGGUUGAGACGCCCUCCCAGCCGUUUUCGAAUCAGUCCCUCGGGCAUGGUUCUGACUUCGGCGAGCCUAUAGGAGUACAAUAUGGUGGAUGUGCUGGGGCGGCGGUGGGUCUGCUUCUCGUGGAGGAACAAGUGCUCUGCCUCGGCGCUUCGGCUGACCAAUCAUGUCGUCGCCCAGGUAGCGCAGAAACGCUACGAUGAGUGGAAUGGUUCAUGAUGGUCUCAGUGAUCAGUAUCGUUUUGAACAUGUUCUCAGAAAUCCGUAUCGCUUGGAGCCAGCAGAUUCGUAAGUUGUGGCGUCUUAGCGCUUGCCACUCGAUCUCCUGCUCGGCUAUUUGAGUGCAUGCCUUGAGACGCGUAAUGAACACCACUGCAAACGUCCCGAUCCUUCUGAUGUCACCCACGCCCAGAGGGUUGGUGGGAUUGGCAUGCCUUGCUGUAGGGCUCUCAGGCACCUCCCCGGAGGCGAACACCGUCCUCGGGAACGACUUCCUCGGGCAACCGGCAUCAUCGUUGUUGUAAUGCGAUGGGGCCCAAGGACACACAAAUAAUUCCCAUAUUUUUCCAUAUUUUCUUGGGGAUCGACGAUUAAUUGUGCCUGUGUGUACUUUUUCCCUCCUGAGUAAUGCGAUGGGGCUCAGCAGUGACGACUUUGCGGCAGCCGUGCUGCUCUGAUGCUGACGGUUUCGGCUCUUCGGAACCGACGAAGUUUGACCGAUGUAGCGCUGCAGUGGCGAUUCUAAGAAUCGAUCGACCCUGGACCAUGGAUCGUCUCAAGUGUUCAUUCUUGGUGGCGGCUAGUGCUCACGGGUGCCAGCCUUUGCUUUGCAGCCUCUGUAGUUCGCUCAGUUUUUUCGCCCAUCCUCUUCCCCGAGGGGUGCGAGUCAUGCCGUGCCAGCAAGCCAGGUCGCGCACUUGCUGGUCUCUUCGCAGACAUCGUGGACAAGGCAAGGCCUGAAUCACCGCACGCACUCACUUUGCAAUUCUAUGAUCUUCAUCCCGUUGCAUAGCGAAUGUAAGGGCCAAAGCUACCCUCCAUCGCUGCGCUUCGGUUUUUUUCGUGGUCCAGGCUGUGACCCACCCAUUCCCGAAUCUUCUCGCAGAGCAUGUUUCUGACCUCAGUCCGGCAGGCACCGCAAGUCACGCCCGAACCUGUAGGAGCACAGGCGGGUGGGUGCAUGCGAGACGAAGGAGGGACAGCAGCAGGGGGAGGAGCACGUGCUUAGCCCUCUCCUGCCGCAGCUGCACGGCGCCUCGAGGAGGGGAACGGCUCAUUUCGGAGUCAGUCUUCAGUGGAUGAGCGGAUUGUUGCGCUGAGCCAGCCCGUCCGUGGGCUGCGGUUUCACAGCGCUUGUCGCCCUAGAGGGGGAGGG